AUGUCUUCUGCGGACGAGCUCAAGGCUCUAGGCAACAAGGCCAUUGCCGACAAGAACUUUGACGAGGCCAUCGACAAGUUCACCCAGGCUAUUGCCAUCCAGCCCGAAAACCACAUCCUCUACUCCAACCGCUCCGCUGCCCAUGCUUCCAAGAAGGACUGGGACUCUGCACUCAGCGAUGCCAUCAAGGCUACCGAGAUUAAGCCCGACUGGCCCAAGGGCUGGGGCCGUAAAGGUGCCGCCCUCCACGGCAAGGGCGACCUUGUCGGUGCCAACGAUGCGUACGAGGCAGGACUGAAGUACGAUGCUUCCAACGCCCAGCUCAAGAGCGGUCUGGCCUCUGUCCAGAAGGCUAUGGAGUCUGAAGCAGGUGGCGAUCCCGGUGCCGGCCUGGGCAAGAUGUUCAGCGACCCGAACCUGAUCCAGAAGCUCGCCUCAAACCCAAAGACCAGCUCAUUCCUGAGCGACCCUUCCUUCAUGGCCAAACUCCAGGACAUUCAGAGGAACCCCUCCAAUCCCGACCUGUUUAGCGACCCGAGGAUGCUGCAGGUGCUUGGUGUCGCCAUGGGUGUCGACCUCGAGACCCGUGACUCGCCUCCCGAGGGUGCCUACGAGGUUCCCCAGAACAACACUCCUCCACCUCAAGCCAAGAAGCCCGAGCCGGCCCCCAAGAAGGAGCCUGAGCCCGCGGCUGAGCCCGAGGAUGAGGAGACCCUGGAGAAGAAGAAGAAGAAGGCCGAGGCCGACAAGGAGAAGGCCCUUGGCACUGAGAACUACAAGAAGCGCAAGUUUGACGAGGCUAUUUCCCACUAUGACAAGGCCUGGGAGACCUUUAAGGACAUCACCUACCUCAACAACGCGGGUGCUGCCUACUUUGAGAAGGGUGACUAUGACAAGUGUAUCGAGGUCUGCACCCAGGCCGUGGCUGAGGGCCGCGAGAUCUACGCCGAUUUCAAGAUCAUCGCCAAGAGCUAUGCCCGUAUUGGCACGGCCUACGAGCGCAAGGGCGACAUGGAGAAGGCCAUUGAGCACUACAACAAGUCGUUGACGGAGCACCGUACACCCGACGUGCUGUCCAAGCUCCGUGCUGCCGAGAAGAACAAGGUAGAGGCUGCCCGCAAGGCUUACAUUGACCCCGCCAAGGCCGAGGAGGCCCGCGAGGAGGGCAACAAGAAGUUCAAGGAAAACGACUUCCCCGGCGCUGUCGCCGCCUACAGCGAGAUGAUCAAGCGUGCCCCCGAUGAUGCCCGCGGUUACAGCAACCGUGCGGCUGCAUUUAUCAAGCUCUUCGAGUUCCCCAGCGCUGUCGAUGACUGCGACCACGCUAUAAAGAUCAACCCCCAGUUCAUCCGCGCUUACAUCCGCAAGGCUCAGGCCUACUUUGGUAUGCGCAAAUACUCUGAGUGCAUCGACGCCUGCACUGAGGCCCAAGAGGUGGACCUGGCAUCCAACAACGGUGCCAACGCCCGUGAGAUCGAACAGCAGCAGCAGAAGGCAUUCUCGGCCAUGUACGCUGCCCGCGACAACGAGACGGAGGAGCAGACCAAGGAGCGCAUCCAGCGCGACCCUGAUAUCAUGAACAUUAUGCAGGACCCCGUCAUGCAGUCCAUCCUGCAGCAGGCCCAGACAGACCCCAAGGCUCUCCAGGAGCACAUGCGCAAUCCCAGCGUGAGGACCAAGAUCCAGAAGCUAGCCGCCGCCGGAGUUAUCCGUGUCGGCCGAUGA